GAAAGCUGCGGGAGCUGGGCAAGGGCAUCGACCAGGGGUUGGGUUUCGUUGGAUCUCAGCACUCACGCACUCACAGCCAAAUCUCCAGCCAGGCCGGCCCACAGACACCCCUUGUCUACAGCUGUGAGAGGACGCUGUCAAAGAUGAAGAACCAAGGCAAGACCCUCGAGCCCCUCGCGCGCAAGCUGCGACGCGGCGCCCCCGAGGGCGACGACGCGGCGGACGGCGCGAAGAGCCGGCUCCGCCUCCUCUCGGACGAGGUAGUGCGCGUCGUCGCAUCGUAUCUGCCCGCCGUGGAGACGCCCGGCGUGCGGCCGCCCGCCGCAAUGUGCUUUCGGUGCGGCGGAGCAGAAGGGCAAGUAAGAAGGCUGCGGACCUGCGGCUGCGCCAGGGCGAGAACGUAUUGCGACGGCUGUCACCAGGUUAGACAAACACACAGUCCACUUUUUGAGCCAUGCGAAGCAUCGUGUCAGAUGCCGUCGUCGUACGUGCCAUCGACGACGCUGCUGCGCUUCGUCCGGCGCGCCGCCGGUUCAUCAUUAUCGAGGCGCGACCGCGACAUGGCCGCGCUCGCGUUCGUGAAGCUGCGCCUGCUGGAGGCCGGGCGGGAGGUGUCGGCGGAGAGAUGGCGCAACGUCCUCGGCGACGACUUCCGCCCCGCCCCGCGCACGUCGGCCUGGCUGCGGCGCUUCGGCCACACGGAAGCCGCGAUCCGGUGGAUCCAGCCCGGCGGCGCCAAGUUCGCGCAGUGGUUCCAGCGGGCGUCUCUGACGCAGCGGCGCACGCGCCGCGUGCCGGAGGACUACGCCACGGUCCAGAUGGCCGUGUGGGCCGCGAACGCCGGCGACCGCGUCCUCGUGGCGCCCGGCACCUACAACGAAGCGGUCGAGGUGACCAAAGACGUCAUCAUCGAGCCGUCUAGCGGCCGGGCCACCAUCCAGUCCGUCGAGGUGAGUUAUGGCGUCCGGGACGAGCCCACGGUCUUCCUCGUCAACCUGGACGUCUACUGCCCGGCGUUUAUCCGCGAUCGCCCGGCGUGCAAGGUCGAGGGCGCGCGGCUCGUCAUGGUCGACUGCCACGUGCGCUCGGCGUCGGUCUCCGGCGUCGUCGCGGAAGAUGACUGGGCGCAACUGCGGCUCAUUCGGUGCCUCCUCCACGACUGCGGCGAGUCGGGCGUCUUCGUGCGCGGCGCGAAGUGCGCGCUCGACGACUGUCGCUUCCUCCGGAACAAGGCGUCGGGCCUCUCGGCGCACGGCCGCGCCGAGGCCAGCGCUAGGGGGUGCCACUUCCUCGACAACAAGGAGAACGGCGUCCACGCGUCGAACGCGACGGUGACGCUGCGCCACUGUGUUGCGAACGGCAACGAACGGCGGUCCACUUUCGUGCAGCACGGCGGCCGCGUCGACGUCGACAAGACCUGUUCGCUCGCCGCGUCCGUCGGCGCCUACUGCAUACGAAGCGGCAAGGGCGCGAAUCGCACGCCCAGGACCGAGGCGCAGGCGCGGGCCGCCGCGGCGAUACUGCCGCCGGCCGCGAUGGCGCCGCCGCCGCCGGCCACCGCGCCGCCGCCCGGGGAACCCCCCCGCCGCUAA